AUAUUUCAAUUUUGCAUCUUUCUUUUUGUAAACAAUAUCCCGGAUGUUUAUAAAAUUAAAGUUUAACCUUUUGUGUAUUGAUUUUCCCUUGAAAAUAUCGUCUGCUAAAUUGAGAAGGUGUUUAUACUCCCAAUCGCAGGUGUGAUAUCCCAUUGUGACGUAAUAAGACCACGAGCUAAGUACUGUAUGGAAUUUCCCCCAAAUUCAUUGAUGCGUAAAUCAUUAAAUAUAUUACGUCAGUUCAGUUUACCAUUAAAAUCAAUUGAGAUUAUAUUUACUUAAAGAAGUAUGGAGACAGGAGAUGACAGUUUUGACGAUGACAGCCUUGGUAUUCAGGCAUUCCAUGUGGAUUCGGAAGAUGAUGACCUUGACCUUCAUCUGCCACCAACCACCGGAAAUCAGUACCUCAAGCGAGUUAGGAAAGAGGCAAAUGGGUGCCCCAGGAUCGUGGUUGCUGAGAUGGACACAAAUGUUUUCAAUAAGAAGCAGACUGUGCAUGUUAAACAGUGGAUAGGAGACCACCACCCAGCGCCCUCUGGUUUUGCUCCAUGUCUCCAGUGGCAGCAGGCUCAGGUGGCAAACUUCGCUGAACAGAGAUUGAAACUUGCGAAGCAUAAAGCAAAACGCAAGAAAUUAAUAGUUGCAAAGCUUCCAACUGUGCCACACUGCAAUGAUGUAGAAUCCUGGUGCAGACUGUGUUUUGGAAGGUUAAAACCUCCUGCAAGGCGUGGUCACAAUGCUCAACAGCCAUUGGCUAACCAAAACACAGACAGUCUUUUAUUGGUCGAAAAUGAAUGCAAUGUUCCCUCAGUUCAAGCUGAAAACGAUGUUUCAUUGGUCAGUGCUGAUGUAGGGACCAUCUCAACACAUUGUGAUACAGGGGCCAUGUCAGCAUUAUCAGACACUACAAAAGAUGAAGAAGAAAACACUAUAAAGCAAAGCUUUCCUACACAUGAAGGGAUUUUGCCAUUAGUGAGUUUCAUGGUAGCUAUGGACCAAGCCACUGUCAUCAAAGUCCUGGAAUAUCACCUCAACUGGUUCGAGGUCACGGGCUUCACUGAGAGACAGGGGUACUGGUUCUACGCAUUGCUGGUGUGCCUGGACAAACCACUCACACCUGACGCCUGCUCGCUGCUUCGAGGACUAGCUAGAGCCUGCUCACGGCUAAGAGCAUCUUUGGAGAAUAAAGCUGACGCACGAUUGGUUCCCCUGAACCUGUUCAUAUGUUUGAUUGCACGAUAUUUCGACCAAUCAGAUUUGAAAGAUGAUGUCAGAUGAUAGAGUGGACGCAGUUCAUUGGACAAAAAAACAACAUCUGUUACCGUGCAAUCAACCAGUACAUCAGUGGUACAUCCCAUUCAUUGCUGUCUUGAACCAAGUUUUCAACGAAAACCGGGAUUUAAGAAUGGUGUAUGUCGUUGUGCGGGUCGUCGGGCGGCUGGUAGAAUGCCAUCGAACUAGGGGUAUUAGCGAUUAAAAUUAGUUUCGUUUACCACAUCAAACAUGAUGAUUAGUAAGAACAUGUGGAGAGCUCGCUUGGGGUUGCUUUUGGGUCUAUUUUAUCAAAGGUCAAAGUCGACGUUAUAGGAUAUAAAAAAAUCUUCCCGGCGUUUAAUUUAAGUUUUGUUCAUCAUAUUAACACCAAACUUGUUGCACAGUAAGAACAUAUAGACAGUUCGCUUGUGAUUGCUUUUGGGUCCGGUCCUUCAAAGGUCAAGAUCACCUUUACUCAUUAUUGAAAUUAUGUUUCUGGGCGAAUAACUACAGUUUCUUUCAUCAUAUGGACACCAAACUUGGUGUAUAGUAAGGACACUUGGAGCUUGCUUGGGAUUGUUUAGGGUCAGUUCCGUCAAAGGUCAAGGUCACCGAUACUCAAUAUAGAAAGUUGUUUCCAGCAAAUAGCUACAGUUUCGUUCAUUGUAUGGACUCCGUAUAUAUUUAUAAAAUGUGGAGAGCUUGCUUUGCAUUUUUCUGGCUCCGUUUUGUUGAGCUCGUUUAGGUUCGCUUUAUGGUACGUCAAACCUCAAGGUCACCGUUACUAUAAAUACAAAUUUGCUUUCUGUCUAUUUUUUCAGUUUUGUUCAUCAAAAGUUGGACACCAAACUUCGUGAACAGUUAGAACUUGUGGAGAGCUCUAAAUAUAGAAAUUUCGUUUCCGGCAAAUAAAUGCAGUUUCUUUCAUCAUAUAAACACCAAUAUCUGUGUAUAUUAAGAACAUAUGGAGAGCUCGCUUUUGAUAUUUUCAGGCUCAGCUCUGUUGAAGGUCAGAAUCACUGUUCACGAAAAUAUUGUCUCUUACCACACUUUUGCAGCAUUGAUAAUUAUCAUGUAUUCAUAUACAAAUACAGUCUUCGCGGGCGGCUUCAUACUUACCAUUUGAUAACUGUAGUAAGGUUGGACAUAUAGUGGCUAAACUUGGCAUAUACGAAGAGUUAUGGAAUUGCGUUUAGGACCUCUGUGUUAAAGGUCAAGGCCACUGUUAUUAAGUCAAAUAACCGCUCGUUUCUGAAUAACUUUAGUUAGAGUUGACAUAUUGUGACCAAACUUGGUAUGUAGGAAGAUUUUAUGGAGUUCUUCCAUAGGAUUGCAUUGAAAAUCCUCAGUUGAAACUGAAUAUCACAACGGAGUAUGAAAUUCUUCUGUCAAUAAUUGAAAACCUGGUUUCGUUGCAUUUCCGUAUUUCUUUUUUAUUAUGAUGUCGAUGUCAUUAUUUGUUGUUUUCAUUUUUAUUAAACCGUAUAAAUUA